AUGGCGAUAGUAACAACAAUCAUGGUAGACGUAUGUGAUGAUGGCGAUGGUAACAUCCUGGCAGAAGUCUGUGAUGAUGGCGAUGGUAACAUUCUGGCAGAAGUAUGUGAUGAUGGCGAUGGUAACAUCCUGGCAAAUGUCUGUGAUGAUGGUGAUGGUAACAUCCUGGCAGAUGUCUGUAAUGAUGGCGAUGGUCACAACCUGGCAGAAGUCUGUGAUGAUUGCGAUGACAUAAUCACGGCAAAUGUCUGUGAUGAUGGCGAUGGUAACAUCCUGGCAGAAGUCUGUGAUGAUGGCGAAGGUAGCAUCCUGGCGGAAGUCUGUGAUGAUGGCGAUGGUAACAUCCUGGCAAAUGUUUGUGAUGAUGGCGAUGGUAACAUCCUGGCAGAAGUCUGUGAUGAUGGCGAUGGUAACAUUCUGGCAGAAGUAUGUGAUGAUGGCGAUGGUAACAUCCUGGCAAAUGUCUGUGAUGAUGGUGAUGGUAACAUCCUGGCAGAUGUCUGUAAUGAUGGCGAUGGUAACAACCUGGCAGAAGUCUGUGAUGAUGGCGAUGACACCAUCACGGCAGAAGUAUGUGAUGAUAAUGAUUGCAACAUCUAUUUUACUUUAUACCAGACAAAGUCAAAUAUAUGCAAUGGAAGCAUCCUUUCAUAUGUCUGA